AUGACUUCACCGUUCAACAAUCCGGGGAAUCCCCCCAAUACCACUCAUACCAACCCCAAUACCACCAAUACCAACCCCAAGAACACCAAUACCAACCCCAAGAACACCAACACCAACACCAACCCCACACGAUCAUACGAUCUAGCCGAAGAAACGCGGAUCUGGAAAAACCGCUGCCUCAUUUGCGGAGGGAACCGUCACGGCCAUUGGCGACAGUGUGACAAAGAAUGCCUCCACUGUAGGGAAAAUCUUGGCAUUGUUGGAGCCAAUCGACACCGAGGCCAACCGUGCCCGAACCUUCCAUUCAAGAGUCGAUGGUGGAGAGACCUUGGUGGCGCCCAGAUUGGCGAAACCAACUAUAACAAGGGAAAGAUUGCAACCCUUGAAGUACGGCUCAAGCAGUCCGAGGAAGAGAAAGCAGAGAGGGACAAUGAAGUGCUACGGUUGCAAUCAAUUAAUCACAAUACGCAGCAACGCCUCGAAUCAGUGCUUCGCCAAAAGGACGAAUCUUUGCAACAGAAUAAAGACCUCAAAGCCGCGUUCCAGCACUCUGCAAGCACGGUCCAACUUCAACAGGAACAAAUUGAAAGAGAUUGGGCGCACCGCAACGGACCGAACAUCUGGAGAGGCCGUCACGCACACACUCAAGGCAUGACCGCUCACGCUACGGCGGAAGAGAUGAUUCUGUCGAGGAUGAGAGACGAUCUCACCGUCGUCAUCGGAGCCGCUCUCACCAUCGUCAUCGGAGCCACUCUCGCUAUCGUCAUCGCCGCUCUCGAUCCCCAAUCUCCUACGGAGGACACUACGACAGAUACCGGAGUCCCAGCCGCCGGGGCCGCUCCAUCAGUCCUGACGACUAUCGCGCCCACGCGCAUAGCGCAAGUACGAGUCAAGGCUACUCUUAAAGCCUGGGCGGGUGGGAUACCCAGAACCGCACAAGCGGCUGGGGGUCUAAUCUACUUCUUCUUCUCCUCCUCCUCAUUCUUCUUCAUCUUUUCUGUACUCAUCUAA